UGGCAACCCAGCUUAAGUAGAUGCAGUGUUGUCAAAAGGGAAGGGUGUAGUUUUAUUUUCUAUGAUUUUUAUUUAGUGGAAUUUCUUUAUUUUGUAUUUAUUUGUGUAGAAAUGCUGAUUCAAGAUGAUGUCUGAUCAGUUUAGGAAAGUAGAACCAUAUUCACCAAAGUCCUCGCCGAGAGGAGCGAGGUCACCAGUCGUUUCUCGGCAGGAUUCGUCUGGAACCCUCAAGACCACAAUAUCGCUGGGCAAAAAUCCUUCCAUAGUGCACAGCGGACCAUUCUACUUGAUGAAAGAACCUCCAGGUGAAUGUGAGCUCACUGGGGCCACGAAUUUAAUGUCAUAUUAUGGCCUGGAACACUCUUACAGCAAAUUCAAUGGCAAGAAAUUAAAAGAAUCGUUAUCAUCAUUUCUUCCAAAUCUACCUGGCAUAUUAGAUGGACCAGGUCAAGAGGACAACAGUACAUUGGCGUCAGUGAUAGCUAAAAGGCCAAUUGGCGGUAAAGAGAUUCUGCCAUUGACCAGCGCGCAGCUGGCUGGGUUCCGCUUACACCCCGGGCCACUUCCUGAGCAGUACCGCUAUGUUAGUGCAGCCCCACCUAAGAAACAUAAGAAAACACAUAAAAAGCACAAGCACAAAGAUGGCGCUCCUCCUGGACAAGACACUCCACUACAAGACUCUUCAAAUCCAGACACAUUUGAACGAACAAAACGUAAAAAGGAGAAACGGCAUGAUGAUGAUAAGGAACGCAAGAAAAGGAAAAAAGAGAAAAAGCGGAAAAAACAAAAACAUAGUCCAGAGCACGGAGGCCUCAUACCAAGCCAACACCCCGUGCCUUGAACCAAUGUAAAAAUGUAGGUUAAGCUCACAUUGGGCCCAAAGAGAAUCAAAGAUUUUGUUGAAUUAUAUAAUACCAUUGUGUAUUCAAUCAAUAAUAUCUCACCUGUGAUAAGAAAGAUAAUUUUUGCACCAUUUUCUUAUAUAGGUAAAUAAAGGUGAUAAAGCCAAUUUACACAAAGUUAACCCCAAAGUAAGUUUGAGAUCAAUAUGAGAAAUAUAUAAUUUUCUUAUCAGAAUCAUAGAAUCAUUUUUCUGAUUUAUAUUUUAAUUAAUUUGUAUGUAUUCUCUUUGGGCUUGACAUCUUUCAUUUAACAUAAUUAUUGUAAAGAAUUAGGUUAAAUUGUACAAUAAGGAGAAUGGAGAAUCUUUUAUGUUAAUAUGUUCAAUUGAGCAACUCUAUCCCUAUUUAAUGCUUUCAGAUUAUUUUUACAUUAAUUUAUAGGUACAAUUGCGCCACAUGGGACCUGUGAAAGUAAUGUCAGAUGCCUUUAGGCAAUUUGAAUAAAAUUUCAUACUAGUGUUAGGAAUAACACACUUGAAAAAAAAAGGAAGACCUGGCGUAUUAUAGGCUGUCCAUCUCUCGCGCAUUGUAUCUACAAAUCCAUGUAGGCCAUUAUGCGAAAAUCCACAGACAAAUCACUAUAGACUAUAAUAUUUGCUGAAGAUUCAAAAUUUUUUAUCUUAAUGACCAAAUUUAACGAAAGGUACUCAUUAUUAUUUGAUCUUGUAGAAAUAUGCCAAGUCUAAAAAAUAUUACUCUGUUACUCAUCAGCUAUUUGAAGCCUCUUGAAAAACCUCCCACACACACACACACACACACAUUCUUUGAUUAUAAAGCUUUAACAGAAUUAAAAGACCAAAAUGGAUACAACCAAAAUUAUUACUUACGUAAAGUUUUCAUUUUAUCUUUGGUUAUGUGUUAUUUUUUAUAAUUCAUGUCACCUAAUGUUAAGCUGGUCUCAACUAGACUUAGAUUGGUGUACAUAUUAAUUGUAAGCGUAAUUAAGCCGCUUUCUAGUAAGAAAUAAAAGAAGUGUAUUUAAAAAUGCUACAAUACAAAUAGGACAUCUGUCGUAUCAUACUAAUAUACAAAUGGGAAAGUUCGGAUGUUAGUGUGUGUCGAUGUUUGUUCUAUACUGAAUGGUAUUAGAUGAAAUUUGGUACACAGGUUGAGAAAAUAUAUCGGGCAAUUUUUAUUCAAGAGGAAGCCCCGAGCACGGCUAGUUGUUCAUAAACUAAUUUGGUUUAGAAUCUUACUUAUAGUUUGAUAGCUAAUGGUAAUUAAUAGAACUCCCUGGCUAAACAUUUGUACAUGUAGAUAUCAAAAUACGGUUUCCCGCGCAACUCUUUUAGAUAUAAAUAAAUUUGAUAGAAUGUU